AUGAAUCCAAUAGAUGUUAAAUUUUCUGAACGCCAGUCAUUUUACAUAGUGCCAGUACCUGUAGCAACAGAAAGUGCUCCUAAUCAAGUCAAGUAUUCUAAGCAUUUUCCAUUAAUUGAAGAAGAAAAAAAUGAGGAGAAAUCGGGUGCUUUGUUACGGGUGUAUGAUGGUGCUCAAUCUCAAUUUAAAAUUAAUGAUAUUGUUGAAAUCUAUGGAAUAUUAGAACAUGCACGUCUCUGUGCUGCAUUACCCGAGGAUUGUUGUGAACCAGAGGAAAAAUGUCAAGAACCUUUGCCUAGAAUACAUGCUGUUAUAGUGAAACAGUUAAUGCAUAAUAAUCCACUAAUCUGUGAAAUAUCAGCUCCCUUACUUAGCAGUCAGUGUGGUGAAAUUCAAAUGAUUCGUGCAAAGUUAAUUAACUGUUUGACUACAUUGUUUUAUGGUGAUGAAAUCGUAGCUGAAUAUGUACUGUUACAUCUUGUGUCGACUCGACUUUCUACUGAUUCACCGUAUCCUUGUCAUCUCCCAGCUAUAAAUAUUCACUGUGGAAAUAGAAUUGCAUCAAUACCAAAUAGUACUGAUAACUCCUAUGACAUAAACAAACAAUCCUUACUCAAGUUAUACGGUCAUAUGCAUAGAUUUUUACCACAAUUAGUUACACAUUUGGCUACUGUAGAAUUGACAGUAAAAUCGUUGAAUGAUGGUCCUUGCCUAAUGCCCAUUCGUGAUAUGGCUAAAGGACAUUUAAAUCCUGGACGUUUACAAUUACCUAAAGGAACAGAAAUACUUGUCAAUGAAAUAGAAAUGGAUUCUGGUCAAUUACAACCAAAAGGAUUAUUAAAUUUUCAGGCAUUAAGUUCUGUAGCAAUUCAUCAACGUUUAUCAUAUGAUUUCCAAUUUUAUACACAAGAAUGGGAUACUGAUGUACGCGUACUUAUCCUAUCACUUGUUCCAUCAUUGAUUAAGUCUGUUUUAUCGUUACCAUGGCAACCACAAACAUUGAAUGCUGAUGACAACAUAUGUCUAUUGGAAACUAACAUCUCUGAAAGUGAAUGGAAUGAUAUGCGAAAAUAUUUGACAAUAUUAGCUUGCAGUAAUAUAACUUAUUCAAUGGAUGCAGAACUACAAGAGCGUAUUAAUCAGGAUUUUGUUCAAUGGCGAAGAGAUAAAUCAACAUUCAUUGAAUCGGAUGAAUUUGCUGUUAUGCUCUGCUUACUCAGGUUUUAUUGUUUAACAUAUGGACAUCAAUCUCCAACUGUAGAGCAUUGGUUACAUAUUGUUGAUUUAGAAAAGAAACGUAAAUCAAGAAAUGCCGUGGCUUCAGGGAAAUAA